CAUUGCGACAUUCUGGUAAGGAGGGGAGAAAGUUGCUAAAGAUAAAAAGCCAAGGCAAUACCCGCGCGCGCAGCUUCGAUCAACCGUCUCAACUCACCGCUGCAGCUGUUUCUACGAGAUCUCCAACUCCAGGUCUGGUCUUCCCACUCAUACAUCGUCCUUCUUGAAAUUUCCGACUCCUAGGGCACCUUCAUCAUCACCACCGUUCAUCAUUCGCCAUUGGAAGGAGAAUCUCAGCCGAUGAUGUAAUGUCGAGUGCCAUCUCCAUUUCCAUCUCCUUCCUUGCCGCUGCUUCUAUUCCUUCUCUCCUUCUGAUGCUCCUUUUCUCUCCUAUCGAUUUCCCAAACCCCGUUUCUGUUUCUCUCUCGAUCGACAGAUCUUUCCCAUCUCAGUUAGGGUUUCUAAGAGACGAUCAUCGACAGUCGCAUUCUCGAAUUCUGAUUUUUUAGGGUUUUAGCUAUGGACAUGGAUUCGGCGGAACGGAACGGAAACAAAAGGAUAAUCUUCAAUCGUCUGGGCCCCGCACCUGCCAACCAUCGGUCCCCCAAGGUCUGUUUCCAUUGGCAGGCGGGACGCUGCAACCGACACCCUUGCCACUUUCUCCAUGCUGAUUUGCCACCGAAGAGGACCCACCAGUACCCUGACGACAGGAAUGCCCAAGCGUCCGGCUCUCCAGCUUUCUCUGGCCAUAAUGGUUCUUCGAAUUGGGGCCGUGGCCGAGGGAGGGGGGGAAGGAGUGCAGGCGGCAGAGGUGGGGUUCCUUCCAAGAUUGCGGAUAAGCUCUGUAGUCAUUGGGCUGCGGGGAAUUGCAGCUAUGGAGAGACCUGCAGGUUUGUACAUUCUUGGUUCGUCGGCGAGUCUUUUACGUUCUUGACAUUGCUGGAAGGACACCAAAAGGCUGUUAGCGGGAUUGCUUUUCCGUCUGGGUCGGAUAAAUUGUAUUCAGGGAGUAAUGAUGAGUCGGUGCGAGUUUGGGACUGCCAGACCGGGCAGUGUGCUGGAGUUGUUAAUUUGGGAGGUGAAGUUGGGUGCAUGAUCAGUGAAGGUCCAUGGGUUUUCGUCGGAAUUCCGAAUGCUGUAAAGGUGUGGAACACCCAAACAUCUGCUGAGCUAAGCCUUAGCGGACCUGUUGGGCAAGUCUAUGCAUUGGUUCUCAGUAGUGAGAUACUUUUCGCUGGUACACAGGAUGGCAGUAUAUUAGUAUGGAAAUUCAGCGCUGAGAGGAACAGUUUUGAGCCUGCUGCUUCUCUUAAUGGCCAUAGUCUUGCUGUUGUAUCAUUAGUUGUUGGAGCCAUGAAGCUGUAUUCUGGUUCCAUGGAUCAUACAAUAAAAGUUUGGGACCUUGGAACUUUACAGUGCAUUCAGACUCUGACAGACCACACAUCAGUCAUCAUGUCUCUUCUUUGUUGGGACCAAUUUUUGUUAUCAUGUUCAUUGGACAAAACAAUAAAGGUGUGGGUUGCCACGGAGACAGGCAACCUGGAAGUGACUUACACACACAAUGAAGAGCAUGGUGUGCUUUCUCUUUUUGGGAUGCAUGAUGCACAAGCAAGGCCAGUUCUUCUCAGCUCAUGCAAUGACAACACUGUCCGCUUCUAUGACCUACCCUCGUUUAGUGAAAGGGGAAAGCUGUUCUCAAAAGGGGAGGUGCGGGCAAUCCAGAUUGGUCCAGGCGGUGUAUUCUUUACUGGUGAUGGAACUGGCGAUUUAAGAGUUUGGAAAUGGCUGACUGCAGAGCAGACAAGUGCCUGAUGUGAUGAGGUUGCUAGAGCAAUCAGUGUUUUUUUUCCCCCCUUUUCUUUUCUUUUCCUAUUCCAUUUUGAUAUAUAAGGUUAUAGGAGGUAUUGUGAAAUGAAAUAGAAAAGAAUUGGAAUGUGUUCA